AUGUCGAUCACCGAGAAGAGGGAACCCCCCCCCCUGGACCGCAUCGAGUCUGCUAAUGUUGGUAGCGUCAGGGAUGCAGGACUUGGGUAUGAAGCCCAACUGCAGCCGAAUCGACGAAUGUCCACGAUUCUCUUCCUUUCCUUGUCAAUCACAGCAGUCCCCUAUGGCCUUGGCAGCUCUCUACUGAACGCCGUAUAUGGAGGUGGUCCACUGGCAAUCUUCGUGGGGCUUCUAGUAGUGUUGGUGCUCGAUUGUUGUCUGGCAUUGUCAUUAUCAGAACUCGCGUCGAGAUAUCCCGCCUCAUCUGGUGUUUACUACUGGUCAUACAGACUGAUGAAGCUCGAGCGGAGUAAACGACGAUUCCUAUCUUUUACAACAGGCUGGCUCUGGUUGAUAGGCCACUGGACCAUCACAUUAUCCGUCAAUUUCGGCUUCGUUUCCAUGUUGAUGGCGACUGUGGCAAUCUAUGAACCAACAUGGGAGCCAUCACCUUGGCAGGUCCUUUUGAUAUUCUGGCUAACAUGCCUUCUAACGUUUGCGAUAUGCUCGACAUGCAAUUCCCUGCUUCCGCUGGUCGAUACCGUCGCAGCCACGUUUGUCUUGAUCACCACACUGGCCAUCGCAAUAGCUGUUUCUGCCACUGCAAAAGCCGGGAGACAUUCUGCAUCCUACGCACUCGGUCAUUUCGAUCCGAGCCUGUCUGGCUGGGGCAAUUUCGGAUUCUUUAUCGGCCUGCUGCCUCCUGCGUAUACGUUCUCGGCGCUCGGCAUGGCCACAUCUAUGGCGGAGGAGUGUACCGAUCCAGAAAUCCAGCUUGCCCAAGCCAUUAGUCUAGUUCCAGGGAUUGGCGGGCUGAUAUGUCUGCUAUUCGUCCUGCCCAUAUGUUUCACCCUUCCACCAGUGGGAGAUAUCAUUGCUGAAACCGUCUACAACCAGCCGCUUCCCACUAUUCUGCUCGCCGUCACAGGUUCAAAUGCCGUGACCAUGUUCUUGAUGGUUCUAGUCCUUAUUGUUACUCUUUUCUGUGCAAUCAGUAUCACCACGACCGCGUCCCGAUGCACCUGGGCCUUUUCACGGGACAAUGCCCUUCCCUUGUCCGCAUGGUGGUCUCGGACAAUCUACGGUCAACCGCUCGCUGCACUAGGGCUAGUGACAGUUGUGGAAAUGCUACUGGGAAUUAUAUACAUUGGAAGCAGCAGUGCCUUCACAGCAUUUGCAUCCGUUGGUGUCAUUGCUCUUGCAGCUUCCUACGGUGUCCCGCUAGCUAUUAGUAUCUUCACCGGGCGCCAGGAGGUCAAUAAAGCUCGCUGGAAAUUGCCACAUCAUCUUGGCCUGGCCGUUAAUUCGGUCGCCCUGGCUUGGAUUCUGUUCCAGGUUGUUCUAUUUUGUAUGCCAGUCAGUAUUCCGGUGACCCCAGCCUCUAUGAGCUAUGCUGCUGUGGUGUUUUAUUCACAGGCCCACCCGAACCAGGUGCGUUAG